AUGGAGAACCACAACCUCACAAUGGUGACUGAAUUCAUCCUCAUGGGCAUCACUUCCCGCCCUGAACUGCAGGCCCCAUUGUUUGGACUGUUCCUCAUCAUCUAUCUGAUCUCUCUGAUUGACAACUUGGGCAUGAUCAUCCUUACCGUGGUGGACUCCAGACUACAAACACCCAUGUACUUUUUUCUCAGACACCUCUCUACUACAGACCUUGGUUAUACAACAGCUGUGGGACCAAAAAUGUUAACAAAUUUUAUUGUAGAUCAAAAUACAAUAUCAUUUCAUCUUUGUGCAAUCCAGUUGUCUUUCUUUAGUAUGUUCAUUGCUUGUGAAAUUUAUAUUCUGUCUGCAAUGUCCUAUGACCGCUAUGUGGCUAUCUGUAAGCCUCUGUUCUAUAUGGUCAUCAUGUCAAAAAGACUAUGCUGGUUGCUUGUAGUAAUCCCUUAUGUUUACUGUACAAUUGUGGCUCUUUUAAUCACAAUUAAGAUUUUCACUUUGUCUUUCUGUGGCUCCAAUGUCAUCAGUCAUUUCUACUGUGACAGUCUUCCUUUGUUAUCUUUGGUCUGCUCAAAUACACAAGAAAUUGAGGUAAUAUUGUUGUACUUAUCAGCUUUUAAUUUGAUUUCCUCUCUUCUGCUUGUUCUUGUGUCCUAUCUACUCAUUCUCAUAGCUAUUCUCAGGAUGAAUUCUGCUGAGGGCAGGCGCAAGGCUUUCUCUACCUGUGGGUCCCACCUGACAAUGGUCACUGUCUUUUAUGGGACUUUGAUAUUUAUGUAUAUGCAGCCCAAAUCCAGUCAUUCCUUUGAUACUGAUAAAGUGGCUUCAAUAUUUUAUACCAUGGUUAUCCCCAUGUUGAAUCCCUUGAUCUACAGCUUGCGGAAUAAAGAUGUAAAAGAUGCUCUCCAUAGGACAUGGAAAAAAAUACAUGGUUUUCUUUUGAAAUUGACAUAG